CAGCAGAACCAAAAGUGCUUUUCUUUUUUUGCUGUUCAAGUCUGAGGUUACUACUACCUUCUACUGUAUUGAAGUGUACGGCAUCGUUAAGCGAAUAUAAAAUACAGAAAUCUCUCUCAUAGCCUGUCUUUAUUAUUAAGCGGCUUCAAGCACACUGGACGCCAUUUCGACUACAUAACCGAAAGUAAAGAAGUAAUUAGAAAGCUUUAUCAGGAAAAUCUAUUCUUUACGUGAUCAAGCCGGUAAUAAAAAGCAGACAAACACCGUGUGAACAUCAGUAUGAACCUAAGAACUGAUCGGGGCUCGCUGUUGUUUUCUUGCGCUGUCGGACCAGCUAUAUCCUGGUGUUUACAGUGGUUAGAUAACACGUCAUAUAAUUUAGUACUCUGAGGAAGUGAAACUAAAGCUAGGCUAGGCAUCCGCUCCGAGGUGUGUGUGUGUGUGUGUGUGUGUGUCAUCAUCUACCCUCCAGUAGAUGAUGAUAGUGGUGAAAAUAAGAUGGAGGCUUUGAUGAAAUUACUUGUGUGAGGUGGGUUUCACAUGGGUUUCUGCAAGGGAUUAAUAUAUAUAUAUGCUGUGUGGAGGGUAAUUGGACUACAGCAGUGAUAGGCAUAACAAAACAAAUACAAGGCGUACUAGAGUAAAAAAUUUAAUAAAAGACAGUGCACAAAUGUGUGAUUAUGUAAUUGCACUUGUUUAAGUUUAAGUCUAUGUGUUAUUGAACGUAUAAGGGCAAAAAAAAAAAAAAAAGUAUUAAUUUGUCAGCUGGAUGAUGUGUGAAUCCAGCAUCUCCUGCUAGAAGCUGGAUUCUGCUGCGGGUCCUGCCGCAUCGUGCAACUACUUCCAAGCUUGACUUAAUUUUUAAGGAACUCAGGUAUUGGGUUAAGUUAGACCCAAUUUGUUAACUUAGAGAGUAGUAACGGCUGCAAGGAACGUACUUUCUCCCGUUUGGCUACAGCAGGCAAUGAGUUCUCACGAUGACGACGCUGAGUAAUCUUGUCACUGAACGUUGAAUAAAUCAUCUGUAAACAAGAACUUGUCCGCGUGGUGGCUGACGGGAGCAACACCCAUGAAUCAGUCUGAGGAAAAAGAUGAGGGACUGCUGCCCUCAAAUGAGGAACAUGGCAGCCAGGCAGAACUUGAGAGGACUGAGCAGAAAAGCUGUGUGUCCCUGAAGAGUGAAAGAUCCAUGGAUUACCCUCUUGGUUUUAAACAGACUAAGCAGGAACAUUCAAACUCACCUUCAGAAAGCUGUGUAUCCAUGGAGAGCCAGAGAUCCAUGGAUUAUCCUCUUGGUUUCAGCCAGCAUGAAUCAGUUACAGAGACUGAGCAGAAAAGAGAAAACUCUUCUUUACCAAGCUGUUUGUCCCUGAAGAGUGAAAGAUCCAUGGAUUACCCUCUUGGUUUUAAAAAGACUAAGCAGGAACAUUCAAACUCAACUUCACAAAGCUGUGUAUCCAUGGAGAGCCAGAGAUCCAUGGAUUACCCUCUUGGUUUCAACCAACAUGAAUCAAUUACAGAAGAUCACCAGACAAUGCCAGAGGGGACAGACCUGGACUCCAUAUUUCUGGUUGUUGAGGAGAACAUUGUUACUUUUGUGAAAAAUGAGCUGAAGACAUUCCGUAAAUUGCUGAGUCCAGAUUACCCAAAAUGCCUGGACAGCAAAGCUAAGGAUGAGGAGAUAAAUCAUAGUGAAGAUGAAGACCAGAUAUGGAGGAGCAGAGAGGCUUUUCUGAAAAUCACACUGCAGGUCAUGAGACGAAUGAAACAUGGAAAGCUGGCUGACUCUCUACAAAACAGAGCUUGUGGGGCCAUGUGUCCAUAUAAACUCAAAUCAAGUCUAAAGAAGAAGUUUCAGUGUGUGUUUGAGGGGAUUGCCAAAGAAGGAAAUCCGACUCUUCUGAAUCAGAUCUACACAGAGCUCUACAUCACAGAGGGGAGAUUUACAGAGGUCAGCUAUGAGCAUGAAGUCAGACAGAUUGAAGCAGCAUCCAGGAAAUCAGAUGGAAUUGAACCAAAAAUCAAACAAGAAGACAUAUUUAAACUCUCUACUGAAAGAGAUGAACCAAUUAGAACAGUCAUGACAACGGGAGUGGCUGGCAUUGGGAAAACAGUUUUAACACAGAAGUUUGCUUUGGACUGGGCUGAAGGCAAAGGCAACCAGCAUAUACAAUUCAUAUUUCUAUUUUCCUUUAGAGAGCUAAAUGUGCUGAGAGAGAAAAGGUUUAGUUUGGUGGAACUUGUUAAUCACUUCUUUCCUGAAAUGAAAGAAGAAGGAAUCUGCAGGUUCCAGGAUUUUAGGGCUUUGUUUAUCUUUGAUGGUUUGGAUGAGUGUCGACUUUUGUUGGACUUCCACAAAACUGAUAUCCUGACUGAUGUUACAGAGUCCACCUCAUUGGAUGUGCUACUGACAAACAUCAUAAGGGGGACAUUGCUGUCCUCUGCUUGCGUCUGGAUAACCACACGACCUGCAGCAGCCAGUCAGAUCCCACCUGAAUAUGUAGACAUGGUGACAGAGGUCAGAGGUUUCAACGACAUGCAGAAGGAGGAAUACUUCCGCAAGAGAUUUAGUGAAGAAGAGCAGAGAAGCAGAAUUAUUUCCCAUAUCAAGAGGUCACGAAGCCUCCACAUCAUGUGCCACAUCCCUGUCUUCUGCUGGAUCUCUGCUACAGUUCUGGAGAAGGUAUUAAAAACAAAAGAAGGAGGAGAGUUGCCCAAGACCCUAACUGAGAUGUAUGUUCACUUUCUGGUGGUUCAGUGCAAACUGAAGAACAUCAAGUAUGAUGGAGGAGCUGUGACAGAUUCACACUGGAGUCCAGAGACCAAAAAGAUGAUCGAGUCAUUGGCAAAACUUGCUUUUGAGCAGCUGCACAAAGGGAACCUGAUCUUUUAUGAAUCAGAUCUGACAGAGGGUGGCAUUGAUAUCAGAGCAGCCUCAUUGUACUCAGGAGUAUUCACACAAAUUUUUCAAGAGGAAAGCGGAUUGUACCAAGACAAGAUGUUCUCCUUUGUCCAUCUGAGUGUGCAGGAGUUUCUGGCUGCUCUUCAUGUUUAUCUGACAUUUUUCAAUUCUGGAGUCAAUUUGAUGUCAGAAGGAACUUCAGUGUGGUCCAGACUGUUUGAAGCCAAACCUGAUUUAGUAUCUCUCUACCAGAGUGCUGUAGACCAGGCCUUACAGAGUCCAAAUGGACACCUAGACCUAUUCCUGCGCUUCCUCCUUGGUUUAUCUUUGGAGAACAAUCAGAGACUGCUACACGGUUUAGUGAAAGAGACAGAAAGCAGCUCACUGACCAAUCACAAAACAGUCCAGUACAUCAAGAGUAAGAUCAGUUCCACUUCCUGUCCAGAGAAGAGCAUCAACCUGUUUCAUUGUCUGAUUGAGCUAAAUGAUUGUUCUCUAACAAAAGAGAUACAACAUCACUUGAGCUCAGGACGUUUGCCCAUUGAUAAACUAUCUCCUUCUCAUUGGUCAGCUUUGGUCUUCAUUUUACUGUCAUCAGAAGAAGAGCUGAAUGUGUUUGACUUGGAUAAAUACUCUGCUUCAGAGGAGGUUCUUCUGAGGCUGCUGCCAGUGGUCAAAGCAUUUACUAAAGCUGUGGUGAGUUGCCAUGACCUGUCAGAGAGAAGUUUGAAACCUCUGGCCUCAGUUCUCAGCUCCCAGUCUUCCAGUCUGAGAAAACUAGACCUGAAUUACAACAACCUGCAGGAUUCCGGAGUAAAGUUGCUCUGUGAAGGAUUACAGAGUCAACACUGCAAACUGGAAACACUCAGUCUUUGUUGCUGCAGCCUGUCAGGAAAAAGCUGCGAGGCACUGGCUUCUGUUCUCAGCUCCCAGCCCUCCAGUCUGAGAGAGCUGGACCUGAGUAACAACGAUUUGGAGGAUUCAGGUGUGAUGCUGCUCUGUGAAGGACUAAAAAGCCCAGAAUGCAGACUGGAAACUCUCAGGCUGUCAGGAUGUGUAAUCACAAAGAAAGGCUGUGCUUCGGUGGCUUCCGCUCUCAGUUCUAACCCUGCUCACCUGAAAUUGUUGGAUCUGAGUUACAAUCAUCCAGGAGAAUCUGGAGUUAAGCUGCUCUCUGCUGGAAGAGAGAAUUCAAACUGGGCACUGAACGAUCUCAGGAUUGAACCCCGUGGAUCACAGUUCUUAAAACCUGUUCUGCAGAAGUAUGCCCGUAAACUCACACUGGACCCAAACACUGCAAACAAAAACCUUAUAAUGUCAAACAACAACCGAAAAGUGACAAUGGAUAGACAGAAGCAGUCAUAUCCUGAUCACCCAGAGAGGUUUGACUACUGGAAACAAGUGCUGUGUACAGAGGGUCUGUCUGGUUGUUGUUAUUGGGAGGUUGAAUGGAAAGGACAUGUUUACUUAGGAGUGACGUACAAAGGAAUCAGGAGGAAAGGGGAAGGGGAUGACAGCUGUCUUGGAUGCAAUGAUCAGUCCUGGACCCUGAUGUGCUCUAAUGGUGGUUACUCCUGCCAUCAUGGUAACAAAAGAAGAUCCAUCCGUACAACUGCUGCCAGCAGAAUAGGGGUAUACCUGGAUUGGCAUGCCGGCACUCUGUCCUUCUUUAAAGUCUCCUCUGGCAAACUGAUCCACCUCCAGACCUUCCGUACUGAAUUCAAGGAGCCAGUCUAUCCUGCUUUCAGGGUCAGGACUGAGCCAUUUAACUCAUCGCUGGCUUUGUGUUAGAUAACUUUUUGUUUGAAGCUCAUCUCAGAUGCAGUAGGGCGACAGAUCAGGGCCAUAGUUUAAAGUCACCAAUACUUUUCCUAUAGUUGGCCAUUCAGCAAGUCUGAGUAAUUAAUGAAAGAGGCCUGCUCUGGCACAGAAGUCUCAAGAGUCUAGCUAGGGUUAGGUCAGGCUAGUUCAAGUUAGCUGGCCCACAAUUCACAGCCUGAAGUUUAGCUGGCUUGUGGGAACAUUCAUGAAUUGGUCGGUUUAAUCACAGUUUCUGAGGAUCCCUGCAGAGUUACAGUCUCAGAAGAAACUGGUUGUAGCUUCAGGGAUUAAGAAAAAUCACAAGUCCAAGCAGAUUCUGGUGUGGGUUUGCCAUCUAUGUCACCUGACCCAGAUGGAGCAGGGUAUCGGCUUGGAGCUGGCUGCGGUGCAGGACCUUCGAGAGACUGGGCAACAGCAUCUUCAUCACUCACUACAGUGGCGAUGAGGCUAGGGUGCUGGGCAGCUUGACUUUGGCUGGCUGUGGAAGUGUGGAACUUACUGGCUCCAGCAGCGAAGAUGUGGAGCUCGAGUCUUGAGGUGUGGGUGUGAAAUUUACAAAGUAUCACAGCCAUUUAUUCAAUGAUGUUUCCUUGUAUAUUUUGCAGAAUUAUCAGAAUUCUGAACUUCAAAACAGUAAUAAAUAAAUUGAGAAAAAAAACCAAAAUUGUGAGAUUAUUCACUCAACCAUAGCAAAACUGUACAUUUUGUAAAAAGUUGCACGAAGUUUCUGUAAAUAUACUGUAACUGUUACAAUUCUUUUAAUUUCAGUGCUUGUAUGGAAAGUAAAAAAAGGCAGUAGGCUUUGUUUUAUUUAACCUAUUAUAACUUCCAAAUGUAAUGUCAUUACUUUUUUUGUCAACAAAGAACGUGCAGAAAAGGUUUCUUGAACAUUUUUCACAAUAUUUUAAUGUGAGCAUGUAAAGAUUUUGCAAAAUGGUAAUGUGUAUGUGAUUCAGCAGUACAUUUUAAAACUAACACUGAAAUCAGA